AUGAGACCAGAGGCGGCGGCCGGAGCCCGGGAUGCGCGGGGUCGCGUCUGCGACUGCCCCGCGGACCGUGCCCGGAGGCCACCGCCGCCGCGCGGGCCGGAGAGCCCGACACCAUGGAGACCUUGGACCCUGAUGCCCGGAGAUGCUGAGCGGACCGGCACCGGAGGCCAGCUUGAACCUGGGGGUGACCCACACACUUCCGGAUCAAAGGGGGCCUUUGGGUUUCAGCACCCUGUAAGACUUUAUUUGCCCAUUUCCAAGCGCCAAGAAUACCUGCGCAGUGCCGGCGAGACGGUGCUGGCCAGCUUCCCCGUGCAAGCCACGAUUCACUUCUACGACGACGCGUCCGACUCGGAGGACGCCGAGCCCGAGGGAGGCCCCCAGCCGCUUCCCCGGGAGGCGGGCGGCCCCGCGGAGGACACGGCCCCCGGGGACGCAGACCGGGCAGAGACCGGCUGA